AUGGUUAAAAGACGUAAAAAGACUAAGGAAGAGAAAGUGAUGAGUUGUUUCCCAUCUCACCGAUGUUUGUUGAAGAAAAGUGAAAUUUAUGUGCUCAGUACACCUGCUCAUCUGGUUUUCCUUCAAAUGUUCAAUUUGUGUAUGCUUAUAAUUCUCCAGGGCAUGAGCCAACUUGAGCUGGAAGAUGAGGUUCAGGAUGAUCUCAAACGUGCUACUGGAGAGUUUACAAAGGAUGCAGAUGAUGCAAAUAAACUCAACCGCAUUCUUCAGCUCACUAGAUUCAGUGAUCCUGUUUAUGCGGAAGCAUAUGUAACAGUUCAUCAUUAUGACAUUGUCCUUGAUGUUACUAGAGAACAGUUAUUGUUCUUAAUGAUAUCCAUAUUGAUAUCAUGGACUAUAUUGCUCCUACAUCUUGUGCUGAUGUGGCCUUUUAGAACUAUGUGGGCUGAGUUUGAGUGGGAAAACAAGUGUGUUCAUGACUUCAUGUUGUUGCUAUGA